AUGCCUGGCAUUCCGAUCGGAGCUCUCGACAACUUGAAGACGAAGCUCAAGGCCGCCUUCAAGAAGAAGACGAAGGAUCUGAUGGGAUCCAAAGCCAAACCCGCAGAUGGCGCGGCCACCGAAACCGAGCCUGCGGCAACCGCUACCUCUGCCACUGCCCCGACCGAGACCAAGCCCAGCGAGCCUGUUCCUGCCGCUGUGCCUGAGCCCGUCGACGACGCAGCCAAGGACGAGGCCAAGGCCGAGACGAAGCCCGACCCGACUCCGGUGACGGACGGAGCCAAGACCGCAGAGGCUGCCCCUGCUUCCACCGUGCCCGCUAAGGCGGAGGCCGCGACAGCGCCUGCGACCAACCAAGUCAAGGAGGAGGCUGCCGCCGCCACUCCUGCUGUCACUUCUGCUGCCGCUCCCGCCGCCGUCGCUGCUGCCGCCGCCGCCGCUCCCGCAGCAGCAGCUGGUCCCGCACCUACGGCCUAA